AUGCGCAGUGAUGAGACGGAUCGAAUGAAAGCGGUUGCACUUCUGCGAUCGAUCGGCUUUCAUUUCCCUCUAGAUUCGAGACCUUCCCAAGUUGAGUUCAAUGAUGUCCACGGGAAAGAGACCUUGAUGAACCAACGAGACCCCAACAGUCAAUAUGCCAACAACCAACUCGUCUGGUGGUGGCAAACCAAAGUAACGCUUGGACAGCUGCAAUACAAAACGUUUCCUGAUGCAUAA